CUCUGUGUUCUCACAACUCUUGGCUACGUGUCUUUACUCUAGAACAGUUUCCCUGUUCUAGGGUUUCCAGUAUUUCCACCUCUGCUUGCCUACGUUCUCUUCUGCCAUCAUGCAUAUAACAACCUCCAAUUCAUUUCUGCUACAGCAACUUGCUGAGUGUCAACCCCACAGUGAAGAUGAGACCAUGGUUCCUGUACUAACGUCGAAAAAAGCCAGUGAACUACCUGUGAACGAAGUUGCAUGUGCACUGCAGGCUGACCUGCAGUUUGGCCUUUCUCACGACGAGGUGAGCCGUCGCCGUGCCUACCAUGGCUGGAACGAGUUUGACAUCAGCGAGGGUGAGCCGCUCUGGAAGAAAUACAUCUCUCAGUUUAAAGAUCCUCUCAUCAUGCUGCUGCUAGCUUCUGCUGUCAUUAGCGUGCUGAUGCAUCAGUUUGAUGAUGCCGUCAGUAUCACCGUGGCCAUUAUUAUUGUUGUUACCGUGGCCUUCGUGCAGGAAUAUCGCUCGGAGAAGUCUCUGGAGGAGCUGGGGAAGCUGGUGCCUCCAGAAUGCCACUGUGUACGGGAGGGUCAGCUGGAGCACAUGCUGGCACGUGAGCUCGUUCCUGGAGAUACAGUCUGUCUGUCUGUAGGAGAGAGAGUCCCUGCUGACCUGCGCCUGUUUGAGGCAGUAGAUCUGAGCCUUGAUGAGUCCAGCCUUACAGGGGAAACCACACCCUGCUCCAAAACAUCUGCCCCUCAGCCACCUGGCACUAAUGGUGACCUCACCUCCCGUAGCAACAUUGCCUUCAUGGGCACACUGGUGCGCUGUGGGAAAGCCAAGGGUAUCGUCAUUGGAACUGGAGAGAACUCUGAAUUUGGUGAAGUCUUCAAGAUGAUGCAAGCCGAGGAGGCUCCUAAAACCCCUUUACAAAAAAGCAUGGACCUGCUGGGGAAGCAGCUCUCCCUCUACUCCUUUGGAAUCAUAGGGGUGAUCAUGAUGGUGGGCUGGCUCCAGGGUAAACACAUUCUGGACAUGUUCACAAUAGGAGUUAGCCUUGCUGUAGCCGCUAUCCCAGAGGGUUUGCCCAUCGUGGUGACGGUGACGCUGGCCCUGGGUGUGAUGAGGAUGGUGAAGAAGAGAGCCAUAGUGAAGAAGCUUCCCAUAGUGGAGACUCUGGGCUGUUGCAAUGUGAUCUGCUCUGAUAAGACGGGGACCCUGACGAAGAACGAAAUGACCGUCACUCAUAUCUUUACCUCGGAUGGACAGCACGCAGAGGUGACCGGUGUGGGCUAUAACAGCGCUGGAGAGGUCUUGCUGGACGGUGAGGUGGUGCACGGCUUUUCCAACUCACCCAUUAGCAAGAUCGUAGAGGCUGGCUGUGUGUGUAACGAUGCUGUGAUCAGGAAUGGUACACUGAUGGGACGACCAACAGAGGGUGCUCUCAUCGCCCUGGCCAUGAAGAUGGGUCUGGAGAGCUUGCAGCAGGAGUUUGUGAGGUUGGAAGAGAUUCCUUUCUCCUCCGAGCAGAAGUGGAUGGCUGUUCGCUGCGUCCACCGCACUCAGCAGGACAAGCCUGCGGUGUUCUUUGUGAAAGGAGCUUUCGAGCAGGUCAUCCGCUUCUGCACUACCUACCACAGUAAAGGCGUCACACUUCCACUGACCAACCAGCAGAGGGAGCUGUACCAGCAGCAGAAAAGCUACAUGGGCACUGCUGGACUCAGAGUUCUAGCGUUCGCGUCUGGGGGAGAGAUGGGCGCUCUCACAUUCCUGGGCCUGGUGGGCAUCAUUGACCCUCCAAGAGCAGGGGUGAAGGACGCUGUGGUGACACUCAUCAGCUCCGGGGUGGCAGUGAAGAUGAUCACUGGCGAUUCCCAGGAGACAGCCGUGGCCAUUGCGAGUCGUCUGGGUCUGUACACUAAAGGAUCUCAGUGUUUGUCUGGCGAGGAGGUGGAUCUGAUGGAUAUCCAGCAGCUCUCGCAGAUCGUAUCAAGGAUUGUGGUAUUCUAUCGAGCCAGCCCCAGACACAAACUGAAAAUAGUCAAGUCCCUGCAGAAUAUCGGAGCGGUGGUUGCCAUGACGGGUGAUGGAGUGAAUGAUGCUGUGGCACUGAAGGCAGCAGAUAUUGGUGUGGCGAUGGGGCAGACGGGCACGGAUGUGUGCAAGGAAGCCGCUGAUAUGAUCCUGGUGGACGACGACUUUCAGACCAUCAUGUCAGCCAUAGAGGAGGGCAAAGGCAUUUACAACAAUAUUAAGAACUUUGUCCGUUUUCAGCUCAGCACGAGCAUAGCUGCCCUUACACUCAUCUCACUGGCGACGCUCAUGAACUUCCCGAACCCAUUGAAUGCUAUGCAGAUCCUCUGGAUCAACAUAAUCAUGGACGGACCGCCUGCUCAGAGUUUGGGUGUGGAGCCUGUAGAUGGCGACGUGAUCCGGAAGCCUCCGCGGAACGUGAGGGACAGCAUCCUCACACGCAACCUGAUCGUGAAGGUGCUGGUCUCGGCAUUCAUCAUCGUCUGCGGCACACUCUUCGUCUUUUGGAGAGAGCUGCGGGACAAUGAGAUCACGCCGCGCGACACCACCAUGACCUUCACCUGCUUCGUCUUCUUCGACAUGUUCAACGCCCUCAGCUCGCGCUCACAGACACGGUUGGUCCAUGAGAUGGGGCUGUGCAGUAAUUGGACAUUCUGCUAUGCUGUGCUGGGCUCCAUUAUGGGUCAGCUGCUGGUCAUCUACUUCCCUCCCCUGCAGAGAGUCUUUCAGACGGAGAGCCUCAGCAUCUUAGACCUGCUGUUCCUGGUGGGACUGACCUCUUCAGUGUGCGUGGUCUCCGAGGUCAUAAAGAAACUGGAGCGGUGGAGGGAGGGUGAGAAAGCUGAGGCUGCCGACACUUUCCACGACGUAUGACGCACAUUGCGUCCAGUGAAGAAGGUGGCAGUGCAGGUUUGGGGGAUUGUGUGAAAAGGCGGGGUUUUGGACAUGCACUGGGUGGUCCACGUCUAAAGACUUCAGUACGGAGCAGAAGGAGAGGUCAGCGGUCGCCCCGACGGGCCUUUUUUUUUUGGGGGGCCGCAUUCUGAGUUUCGGACUAUUCAGCGCACACCUCAGUGCUGUGGGAGACCCUGCUGCACCCUUCUGGCCUCCAGGUGAAACUGCACUGGCCUGGAAGGCCAAAACCAUCCUGUUUCCUGAAGAUGCUUUGGUGUGCUGCUUUAAGACUGUACUACUUUUCCAUAGCAUCUGGAUGAACCUUUAUUUAUCAGAUACUGUGGCUGUUGAUACAGUGGCUGUUGACGUCUCUGUUUCAUGAUAUAUAAUUUUUAUUAUUUUGGUUUUUUGUUUCUCUGUCUCUCUUUCUAUCUCUCUCUCUCCCUGAAAUGAGCACACUUUGCUGGUUGUAGUUUUGUGGAACAACAUGGGUACAAAUGCCUUUUUGCAUUCCAGCAAAUCAUGCUUGAAUUAAUCGUAUAAGUGUCAACUCUUGGAGGAAAAAAAAUAAUAAUUCACCCUGCCAAACAAGAGCCAGAGUGUUUUUUUAAUUAUUAUUAUUAUUAUUAUUAUUAGCGUCUAAUACAGCUGACCACUUUUCUGUAGUGGGAAACGAUUAACACACAAAGGGCGUUUAGACAAUUUUAUAAGCAUCGUUAUGCACUGUUGUUUGAUUCACUGAAGAAAGGAACGCACCAAGAUUAGUCAUCAUUGAAAAUGGACAGUCAUCUAAUUGCUAAUUCUAAUGGUGAAAGAUGGGUUUUAAAGGGUAAUUUCACCACAUUUUCAAAAUUUCUGCACAAUUUGUCAUUCAGAGUAUUUUGUUGUGAAAUGUUCCAUUCUAGAGUCAGUUGUUCACAGUUGUAGUGAUAGGAACCAGACGCCCACCUCUAAGAGCUCAUCACAGAGAUGUAUUGCAUAUAAAUAGAUAUGAGUUCA